CAACACCGAAGUCGGAAGAUGGCGCUGGCGUAAACUUAACGUGGGAAAGCGCGAUGGGCGAUCACAGCAAUCGAUAGCCGUGCUUUCUCGCCGAAAGAGCGGCGCCUCCAUGACGGCUACUUAUUGACCUGCAUUUCAGAAAUAUUCGCUUUGAAUCGGAACGCUGGUGACUUUGCGGUGUUCGUGGAACUCUGUGCCGACUGCGUCAGACAUGACAAGCCUGUGAGAAAGGUCAAUUCACCAUGUUUGAAGGUGUUGUUGCGCAUCUUCUAAACAAGUAUCUCGGGAAAUACAUCAAAGAUCUCGACAGUGAGAACCUCAAUGUAGGGAUUUUUAAUGGUACUGUGCAGCUCACAGACCUGAAGUUGAAGGCAGAGGCGUUGUAUGAACUGGAGCUUCCCAUAGAAGUCAAAGCUGGCUGCAUAGGCAAGGUGUCUGUGGACAUCCCCUGGCUGAGCCUCUCCUCGGAGCCCGUGCUUGUCCACGUGGAGGAUGUGCUUAUCUUGGCCGCCCCCAUUGGUGAUGAGCCGUACGAUGCAGACAGGGAGCGCCUGCUGGCCCGGGCGUGCAAGUCUCGUAGGCUAGAAGUCUUGGAGGCCCCCCUGGCUGAGCUUGAUAAACCACGAGGGUUCGUUGAAAAUUUCCUUGGGACCAUAAUGAACAAUGUGCAGGUGUCGGUGCAGAACGUGCACAUUCGCUAUGAAGACACAGUGAGCAGUCCCAAGCACCCAUUUGCAUGCGGUGCUGUGCUCCAGUCCCUGACUGCCAUCACCACCAGCAACAAGUGGAAGCCAAUUCAACUGGAUUCCUCGUCCACAACAAUCUACAAGCUAAUCAAGUUGGAGUCGUCCUCUGUCUACUGGAGUUAUUGCCGCUCAUGUGAUGGCUUUAUUCGACGUCAGCUGCCGUCAGCCAACUGGAAGAACCUGAUGAAAAAGGCACUGGAAACAUUCAGCAUUGGCAAUGAGGAAUUUGACUUCGUUCUCAAGCCAAUAUCAGCGAAGGUCAAGGUAAUCUUCAACAAGUCGCUCGAAUCCAAGGUACCAAAGCUUCUUGUGGAUGUUCUGCUGCAAGAUGUGGCGCUGCAGUUAUCUCGACAGCAGUACCUGGAGAUGAUCCUGCUUGGCCAGUCGUUCGCAUUUAUGGAGGUCAACCAGCGAUACAGGAAGUAUCGGCCGAACGUUCCUUGCGAAGGGAAUGAAAAAGUGUGGUGGCAGUACGCAUACAAUGCGGUCGUCGGAGAAUAUGUUAGGCCUUACUCCUGGAUAUCAAUCAAGAAACACAGGCUGAACUAUCGGCAGUACAAGGAGAUGUACAUCAAGCGGCUGCAGACACCAAAUGAUACAGAAAUUCGUGUUGACGUGCAAAUGCUGGAAGAUAAGCUGGAUGUUUCAAACAUUCUCAUGGCCAGAGAGGAGGCCAAGCUAGAGCUUCUGCGGGAGGAGCCGAAUCGUGCCGUGCCACGCAAGCGAGACCGAGGCUGGUGGGCCUCCUGGUUUGGCAGCGCUGAAAGUGAGCCGGAGGAGGUAGAGGUGAUUGGGGAGCGAGAGCGCAGCUUCUGGUCCCGUCUCACCCCUGAGGAGAAGGAGAAGCUGUACGAGGCCAUCGAAUAUGCUGAUGCCUCGUCUGAGGUGCCCGAGCACUACAUUGCUCACAAGGUGAAUUUCACGCUGGCCAACUGCACGCUGUCUCUGGUGGCUGGCAGUGGCCAUGAGGCGCUGGUGUGCACGCUCAGUCAGUUCCUGAUGAGCCUGGAGACCCGUCCCGGGGCGCAUGCUUUCAAGGUGUCCACUCGUGCCGAGGGCUUUGUCAUCGAGGGUGCCUCUAGUGACCACCAUGACCUGGUCACUGUCUUGUCAGUGGAGAGGUCAGCUACUGAAAUAGCCCCGCAGCACGUAUUUGCUCUGGACUUUGAGCAGAACCCACUGGACAUGAAGGCUGAUUAUGGCGUGAUGGUGUAUGCCGAACCGGUUGAAGUUGUAUACAAUGAGCGUUCAUUGUCAGAACUACUGACUUUCUUCAGCGUCCCAAAUGUGUCAGUUUACGACAUCCACAGCCUUGCUGCAAAGCAGCUCAACACAUUGGCAGCAUGGAGCAAGACGGGUCUGCUCCAUGCUCUAACACAUCGAAAGACUUUCCUCUUUAAUAUUGAACUCAAGUCGCCAUACUUUGUUGUGCACGAGUAUGGGUCAUUCCAAAAGAGUGGCAACAUCCUUGUGAUUGACAUGGGGAAGCUGAGCUUCAAGAGUGACCUCCAGAUGGAUUCCCUUCUGCUUGAGGAAGCCACCAGUAUGGAGAUUGAGGAGAAGCUGUACGACCGGUUCAGCAUCUGCCUCUCGGACAUCCAGCUGCUCUUUGCGGACUCAGGGGACGAAUGGAGGAUGGCUCGGCUGCAUCCAGAUUCAGACAUGCACCUGCUGCCUAAGGUCAAGGUGCAGGCUCUCUUCUCAAACAGUGUCAAGCCAGACUAUCGAUUCCUGCCCAGGCACAAACUGAACGUGUGUGUUUCCAACCUGAAGCUGAACCUGUCAGACAGGCGAUUGAGCCUUCUUGUGGAGUUCGCCCGCCAUUUUCCCCUGCCUCAUUUGCUGAUGCCUGAUGACACUGUCGAUGGCCUCAGCAGGGAACACUGGGAGGAGGAGUUGGUGUGCGAUGCCUUCAAGGCUGGUGAGGACACCAAGACUGAACCCACAACUGAGGAAUUGAAGCUCAUCAAGCAGCUUGUCACUCAGGCUCCUCUCGUUGCUGUGUCAGGCAAGCCAUCACGAUCGUCCACUCAGCUUUCUAUUGCUGGUUCAGACCAGUAUCUGUCAGCAUCCGACCACUCGGAUGAGGAGGACUGGGGCCAUGCAUUGGAUGUGCCGGGUUUUGACGACAACGUGUCGGCCAGCAACACGAUCAACUCGUUGCUGCGUUUUGUGCUGGGUGAGGUGGCCCUGAACUUGGCCCGCUCGAGUGACCAGGCGGACAAGCCGUAUCUGAUGCUGCGCCUGGAAAAGCUCUGCGCCGAUGCUGCACUCAUGGAAUAUGGACCUGCGUUCCAGGCCAGCAUUAGUGGCAUCUACCUAGUUGACAAGCUUCACAUUGGCCCCACUGGUGAAUACCUUGAGCUCCUGACGUCUGAAGCUGCUAAGGACAUGGUCUCCGUUCUUUACCGCAAGGUCAAAGCGAGCUGCCCAGAGUUCAAGUCGGACUUCCACCAGGUGGAGCACUCGGCUGUGGUCGACUUCGCCUCGGUCAUUGUUACAUUCCAUCGAGAGGCACUGCUCACGCUGGGCCGAUACCUGCUCUAUGUAUAUCAAAAGCUUAAUGUCAAGGACCUAGGCUACACAAAGAUGAUCCCUGAGGUUAAGCAAGCCACUGGACUUUUCCUGGGUGACCAAGACCCUCCAGUUCCUCCAGGCUCGACCAAGCUGAAUGUUGCACUUCGUGUCCAUGAGGUCAGGGCUCGACUGUGUGACGUUGAUGUGGAGCUUGCUGACAUCUAUCUUUCUGGGUUUGAUUGUGACUAUGUCCAGAAGGCAAAUGAAAAGGUGAUAGUUCGGGUUGAUUUGACACACCUAUCUGUAACUGACCUCAUGGAAUCAACACUCUACACCAAGGUUCUGUCCAUUGAAGAUGAGAAACUUUUUGACUUGAAGUAUGUCAGGAAAGCGCCACGAGCCAAGUCUGUUGAGGGGAUGGAUGAGGAAAUGCUGAAAGGCCCUGACGGCAGUAUUCGCCUGCACAUAGGCCGAGUGCAGCUGGUGCUGCUUCGCAGGUUUCUUGUAGACCUCCAGAAAUUCCUGGAGCCAUUCCUGCAAUCUGAAUCCAAGUCCCUUGCGCUCAAGUCAGCUGAGAAAGUUGUCCAGCAAAAGGUGGCUGACUUUGCACACAAGUCUGUGAUGCUCCAGCUCUGCAUCGACAUCCAUGCUCCAACUGUGCUCGUGCCCCAGAAGUCUGACUCUCCCAACUUGGUGGUGCUCAACCUGGGAGACCUGAGCAUCGAGAACUUCUUCAAGGAAAUCUUACUGGGCCCAAGACCCGACUAUGUGGACAACAUCUUGGUGCGUCUCAGCUCACUGCAUAUGACCAGAGCUCUUAUUUUGCUCGAUGGAAGCACCCAACCCCAAGAGUCGAUCCUGGAGCCUAUGAAGCUGAACCUUGACAUCAAGCGAGCACUGACACUGUUCAACAGAAAUGUUAUGGAGUACGAAAUUCGUGGCACAGUGGACCUAGUCAAGGUCAACAUCGGUCAGAGGGAUCUGAGCACAAUCAUUGCCAUCUUCAAAGAAAACUUGGAAGAAAAAGAAGUCAUUGAGUCACACAACCAAGUGUCAACCCCACUGUCUCCGCCUCUGAUGGUUUCCCCGGCACCUGCGGAUGACCCUGUCAAGAGGCUGGAGACUUUCCUGACAAGCUCAGUUGAUGUCUACAAAAAGACAAAUGUCUUUCUUGCCCUGGAGGGGCUGCACUUGGUGCUGUAUACUGAUGCAGAAGAAGCUCAGCUGUCGUCACCUAUGCGGGAUCCCCUGCAUGCACUCUCAAGGCUGGAGCUGGAAGAGGUCACUGCCACCCUGAACCUGUUCAGUGACCAGUCACUUGAAGUCAAGUGCUCCUUGCAGAGCCUGCAGCUAGAAGACACCCGCAGUGAUUCUACGCUUGUUCACACCCGGGUGUUUUGCUCCUGCACGGGAGACCCUGAGACAGUUGCUGUGGGCAUCAGUGUCAGUUCUCCUAACGUGGUUGACAUCAUAUACAGGGAGACUUCCUCAGGAGAUGCAACCGUGGAUGUGCUGGUGGCGGAGACGUCUCUGCGGGUAUCCGUGCCCUACCUGCUGGCCUUGCUGCACUUCGUGUACGAGGCACUGCCGCUGCACAGCAGUCAAGAACCAGGUGCAGCCGUGAGGCGCCGCCUGCCCUCGGACAACACUAGUGGCUACGACUCGGUCGUCAGUGCACACGAUGCCACUGUGGGCCUCACCUGCUCGCUGGUCCUCAAGAAGCCCGAGAUUGUCUUCUUUGCUGACCCUCGGGACCAUGGCAGUGAGGUCAUCGUCCUCAAGAUGGACGUCAUGGUGGACUACUGCCGCAACCUGGGCCAGCAGAACAUGACUGCCUCUGUGAUUGACCUGCAUGCCUCGUCGUUCUUCUGGGACCAGAGGAAGAACACCCUGUACACCGUGGCCAAGCCCUUCAGCAUCGAAGUGAACCAGUCAUACAAGCCAAGCAGUGGGGAGCGCUCGCUUCUUGCCAAGGCCAGUGAUAUCAGCGUCCACUUGUCCUCACAUGUCAUGUCGACGGCAGCAUCCAUAGUCACCGAGCUUCUGUCCAACUUGAAGGAGGCUUCCGAGGAUGCAUCCUCUAAGCCAGACGCGUCUGACCUCUUUGAGCUAUGGUCGCCGAAAGUGGUGAGCCUGCCAACAUACCAGGAAGACGAGCAGAUGGGCUGUCGCAAAGCUGCAUACCCGUCACACACUCCAACUGAGUCCCUCCAAAUCGGCCUACCAAAAGUGUCCGUUCUGCUGGAGACGUACACAGGACAAGGGAAAGUGCCUACCUUGUUUUUGCAAGCUUCGCUGAAAGCCGACAUACACGACUGGUCUAGAAAGGUGUACUUGACAGCAGAUAUGAAGCUUGAAGCCCUUUACUACAGUGAAGAACGCAGCACUUGGGAACCACUGAUCGAGCCUGUAAUGGAGUGUGAGAAUAGUUAUCGCCCUUGGGAGCUGGUAAUCAAGGUGUUCAAGGAUCAGAGUUACCCAAUCGUCUCAGCACAAGACCACCGUAGCUCAAACCUGCUUGUUGAUGCUGUGGAUGGGCUAGAUGGAGUGUCAAAUGCUGGUUCCUGUGGCAGUGCGAGCACUUCAGAUGAUGCCAGUGAGGAAGAAACUGAGAUGACCGUCAUCCGAAGGCACCCAACCACACGGCCCAAGAGGGCGCUCAGCCACAGGUCUAAGGAGUCUUCGACACUGGUGGCAGUGGACUCUGAUUCGGAGACUGACGAGAACGUCCUGCAAAGGAUUGCACAUGCGUUUGGGCACCUCUUCUCGGACCACAGCAGUGAGGACGAGCGGAGUGAUAAUGAGGCUGCUGCCGAGCCUAAGUCCGAGUCCGAGGAGACCGAAAUGGCUGACAACGAGCUCUCUACUGCAGAUGACCGGCCACUAUUUCUCGAGAAAGGUGAUGCUCGGGACGGUGCAGAGGACACCUUGAGUGAGACUACUGUUGCGACAUACAUCCUUGCUGACUCGCGGGACAAUCUUAACAUCAAUAUCACCUCUACUGCAGCCAGAAUUUUCUUCAAGUUGUGGAAUGAUGUCAAGGAGAGAAAGAUGGUCUGUCCACACCACCGCCAUGUGCCCCAGGAAGCUGUGUUAGUUGACAACUUGCUGGGCCCAGAAUCACUCCUCUCUGUGCUUGUCAAAGAUGCAGGUGAGCGGUUCGUGGUGUCCCAGCAAGCAUGGGGACAAGCUCCAGCAUUCAGCCCCAGCAGCUCAGGCACCCCUGGCUGUGUCGGGAGACGGUUCUCAUUUGAUCAGCUCAAUGAAGAUGCCGAGGCAGCGGACAAGCCGGUUUCACCAUUUGAGGAAAAACCCUUGUGUGACCUCUACAGGGAGAGGACAAGGGAGAAGCUCUCAUUGGAGGUUCCAGGUUUUGAGAAGUUCCAGUGCUGGAUGCCGACAAAAGCAGGGAGUUCACUGUUUGCCCUGCAUCCAAUGAAAAACAAGAUGCGAUACUUUUUUAUUCUGGAUGUGAAGAUUGCAAAUGGAAUCAAGACCAUCACUGCUCGAUCCCCUCUCAGGCUGGAGAACCACCUUCCACGGCCAGUCCAGUUGCUGUGCGAGAAGUGCAGUUUGGAAACAGUGGGCGUGUCUACAGAGCGGUAUACUCAAAACCCAUUCCACGAGACACACCUUCGGCUGGCAACACUUGGCCCUGGGGGUGCCACUUACCAUGUGCCCCUGUUUGUGGCCUACCACUCGCGCAUCUUCUUGCAGCCGACAUCCAUCACCAGUGACUGUGCAGGCUAUGACCCCUCCCCGGACGGUCUCUGGUCUCAGGACAUUGUGUCUAACAACAAGAGUGCCAAAUUUAUCAGCUGCUGUUCACGGAACCCCGAAGACAAGCACCUAUUCUGGAUGAAGGUGGUGUGCCAGGAAAGUCGUGACGCACGCCCAGUGGCCCAAGGCACCCUGCCCAACUGCACACUACUCAUUGUGCCACCCAUCGUGGUUCACAAUCUGCUGCCGUACACCAUAGAGCUGCACCUCAAGAACUUGCUUCGGGAAAUCAAGCUUGAUGAAGGCGACUCAGCACCUGUCUUUUCUGUGCCACCCAGUGGAAGUGAGGAAGUCUCCAUAGAGGUACCCUACUACCUAGGCUCCUCAUGGAAGGGCCAGGCCGAGCUGUCAGCGAGCCUGGACGAGAGCCGAGUGGUUGGCAUGCAGCCCCAGCAGGCGGAACGCAUGCACCGGCAUCUUAGCAUCGCCAUCCACCCAGCCGACAGGGGCAGCCUCAACCUGUGCCUUUAUGCUCCCUACUGGGUCAUCAACAAGACAGGCCUGCCGCUGCAGAUCAGGGGCUCUAGCUCAGACCUAAUCUAUGACUGUAGCGCUUCAUCUGAGGAACCACUGCUGUUCCGAUUCAAGAAACGAAAGCACAAAAAGGCCAAAAUCCGGGUGUACAACUCAAGCUGGUCAUCAUCCUUCUGCCUGGACACUGUGGGCAACAGCGGUGUAGCCAUGUGCAAGGACAAAGAGCGUAACAAGAAGUACAGGUUUUCUGUGCAGAUUCAAAUGUCAAGUCUGAGCCUCUCGAAGAUUGUCAUCAUCAGCCCCUUCUUUCUUGUGAUAAACAACACAAAGCAUCAUUUCCGGUUCAUGGAGCAGAACGAGGCUGCUGACCUCUGGUUCGACAUCGGCCCCCACCAGUGCCUACCGUUCUGGCCAGACAAGGACAGCAUGAAGAUGUAUUUGCGCCACAAGGACAGCAGCGUCACCUCCCAGCACUUCCACUUUGGCCACAACCAGAGCACCGUGCUGCGCAUGGACCAUGGGUCUGCAGUUUGUGUGGAGGUGUCUGGUGGAGUAGAUGGCCCCAUGAAGAUAUCAUUGUUUUCAUACAGCUCUGGGGAUGCACCUGUGCGAGUAGAGAACCUGUGUGAAGACCUGUUUCUCAAGAUCCACCAGAAGGGCUUGGGCCAGGUAACACUGCUGAGUCCAUACCAGUCAGUGUUGUACACCUGGGACGACCCAACUCUAGAAAGAACACUCAUGUGGAACAUUUACAACAGGAAAAAGCCAGGAUUCACUGCACACAUACAACAGGAUGGUUUCGGCAAAGAAAAAGUUUCAUUUCGAUCGCUUCGCCCUGCAGUCAAGGAAGCCAACAAAACAGCUAAGAAGAUGUUAGUUGACCAGAGCAGCACAGAUGAUGACAGUGAGUCGGAGCAUGGCCCGCUGUCCAAGAGGACUCGCAAGGACAUUGUCGUUGUCUACUGGAUCUCAUUCCUUGACCAGAAUCAGCGGGUGCUUCUCUUCACACAGGAUGAGAGAGUCUGGAGAGAUGCUCGAAAAGUGGUGGGCGGGGAGCAGUCUCACCUCGAGCUGUUUGUGUCCCUGCACGGGGCUGGCGUCUCCCUGGUGAGCGAGUCUCUGGUGGAGCUGGCCUACCUUAGUGUGUGCAGCGCCCCCGCCCAGUGGGAGGUGCGCGUCCACGAGGCCUGGAAGCCUCUGACCCUGGAGCUGGCCGCCUGGCUCGAGUACCGGUGGUCCUCACGCAGCAGAGUCGCUGAGCUCAAGGACUAUGUACAGGUGGACUUUGAGAAGAUGCAGAUGACCAAGCCUUUCUAUGGAUCACUGCAGCGCAUUUACCAUCCAGCCCUGUGGCUGCAGUACCGUCAGUCAGAUCGUCAGGCUCUAAUAUUGGUCAAGGUUCACAGGAUCCAGCUGGACAAUCAGCUGCCUGAUGCAGUGUUCCCCACUGUCCUGCACCGGUCCUUGGCCCCUGGAAACCCUCGCUGCUCUGCUCAGCCCAUGCUGGAAGCUGCCUUGCUGCUGCGUCACACCUGCCAGCUGAACACCAUCAAGCACCUGAAGCUUUUGCUGCAGGAGGUGCACAUCAAACUGGACAAGGGCUUCCUCCUUUCCGUCUACGAUGCCUUAAGUGGGAUGCUGGCUAGCCAAGAUGAGAAAAUGAAGCUCAAGUCCGAUAUGAAGUUGAUUUAUGCACCUCUGCACCCUUUUAAGCCGGACCUUGACACUGCACGCACCCAGCGAACUGUGUUUGAAUUUGUCCACCUGUCACCUGUGAAGAUCCACCUGAGCUUCAGCCCACGGGGUACUGUGCACAAGGCUGCUCCUGACAGAGGUGGCCUGUCACAGGACAUCCUGGACGUCUUCCUCAACUCCAUUGGAGCCACUCUGAGUGAAAUCAAGGAUGUUGAGCUCAGGAUGGCCUUUUUUGAGCAGAAGGGGCGGCUUGUGGCUCCAGGUGACCUGGUGAAUGAGGUCAAGUCUCAUUACAUCUCCCAAGUUGUGCAGCAGUGCUAUGUGCUCAUCUUUGGCCUGGAUGUGCUUGGCAAUCCCUAUGGUCUUGUGAAGGAUUUCACGAAGGGCUUCGGAGACUUCUUCUAUGAACCCAUUAUGGGAUCUAUUCAGAGCCCAGAAGAGUUUGCUGAAGGUCUGUCAAGAGGUGCACAGAGCCUAAUGGGUCACACCAUUGGAAGCUCUGCUGGUUCCAUCGCCCUGAUCACAGGAUCCCUGGGGAAAGUUCUGGCCGUGCUUUCCUUUGAUGAAGAUUACCAGAAUAAACGAAGGCGAAGACUAGAGAAGCACUCAAGCUCUCUGCCAGAGUCACUAUCAACAGCAGCUAAAGGAUUUGUGCUUGGAAUUCUGCUUGGUGUUUCCGGAGUUGUGAUGAGCCCUGUUGCAGGAGCCCAGUCAGAAGGCCUUGAGGGAUUCUUCAAAGGCAUUGGCAAGGGGCUCAUGGGGCUUAUGACUAAGCCUGCUGGUGGAGUUGUCGACAUGUUCACCAUAGCAUUUGAUGGCAUUCGACGGGCUGCUGAAAUGGGCAAAGGUGUCAUGGUGAGGCAGCGGCUACCCAGGUUCAUCAACCCUAAUCUGGGACUCAGGCCUUUCUCCCAGUACCAGGCUACAGGAUACCGGCUUCUCCUGCAGCUCAGCAAAGGCCAUUACUCGCAGACUGACACUUACUGGGCCCAUGCACCACUUGGCAGCCAUGACAGGGCCAACAUUGUCAUGAUUACAGACAGGCAUGUGUUUCUCUUGGAAAAAUGUCGACUCUGGGGUGGCUGGACGAUCCAGUGGAGCAUCCGACUGGAGGAUGUCGUCUCAGUGCCCUUCAUCUCUGGCAGCAGCCUUGUCAUACGGGUCAGACAGGAUGAGUCCAUAGCAAGUUUCACGGGCAGUGAGCGCUUCCUUGUUUGCCAAGAUCAAGAUUUACUCAAGUGGUUGAAGCUGAAAAUUGAGAAAGCUCUGCUGUUCACCAUGGAAGAAAGGCCCUGCUCUCUUGAUGGCUGAGUCACUGGAAAUUGCUGUUUGUACUGUGUUGCCGAACUGUAUGAUUCUAUGCCCAGCCUUAAGGCAAAGGCUUGAAAAGCAGCAAGCACUCAAAUACACAUAUGUGCUUAUCUAGGCACAGCCAAAGUUAAUUUGUCUGUACUCCUGGUAUAUCAGGUGUUUAAUCAAAAGCUUAAGAACAGUGCAUUAGAUAUGUAAUUUUCAGCAAUCUAUUUGUGACAUUGAAACUGGUCAGUGCUGUAGCAGAUGCACCAGUUUAAAUCUGGCAUGAGAUAUUUUGGUGCUGCACAGCUUUGUGGCAACAUAUUGGAAUGCUUGGCUCAAGAUUACACUAAAUGGACAACCAGCUUCAAUUCCACAGUGACAGCGGGUUGCUAAAAUAGUCAACUACUGUAUUUCAGUUUAAAUCUACCGUCAGUGAUCACCCACUUACUAAUACCCAAUGCAGCAAACUGUGUUGCCGACGAAAUGCCUUCUUUAUCUCUGCUGCACUGUUCCAAAGAAUUAGCUCUUACCACAGAAAUCUGCUCGUUUUCAAUGGUUGGUUUAUUUUUUAUAUGAAAAUAUAUUAGCCACAAUGUAUACUGUGAUACAUCAAAUGGUCAGAUUAUAGCUUUAGUGUCUUUGUUUUGAAAGAAAGCUAAACAGAAUUACUGGGUGCACAGGGUAUUUGAGAACACAACUUUGGAUCACACUCCCAUUGUUCUCUAGGUACGUCUUUGUCCUCAUCAGCUGCUUUAUCACUUGCAUGAUUGUUCAGAGGCAGCCAUUCUGACACAGGUGAUGACAAUAAAUGUAGUCGCUCCAAGUCGGUUUAGCCACUAGCCAAGGCAACUUGGAGAUUGCCACCUCACAAGCUCCUCUGUUUUCAAUGUGACAAAAAGUGCAUGGCUUCCAAUGGUGACUAUUAACUUGAGGUGAAGAGACUGAAAGCACACAGAUAUUGUCAGUGACAGCCUUGGAGAGGCGACAUAAUGUCUAUUGCCAAGCGGCUUCAGGUAGUGGAGUGAGUAGCAAUGCUUUUGUAAAAAUUAGGAUAUUAAAGGGACACUAAAGGCAAAUACUAAGUCAAGCUAAAGUGACGUAUUAGUGCUCGAGUAUCUCUAAAGCAUCAAUAUUAUCGCGAGCAGAGCCUUAGUAAUAGAGAAAUUGAGGUAAAUGCAGGACACAAUUAGAGACUCCCCCGGGACAUUCAAGUACUCGCCCGAUGACGAAGGCACUCCUCAUUUAAAUUCUGUCACUAGUACUGAACCACUCGUUAUAAAAACAUCAUUGUACUGUAUUAUAAGAAGAAAGAAAAUACUACUUCACCAGUUCUAUUACACUUUUACAAAAAAGAACUGACAUUACACCGUUGACAAUGACGCGGGCGGUCAAAAGGUUUCGUGAUUGCUCGACUCUGCGCCUCCCGCACUUUUGCGUUUCAGUUUUUCUGUUAUCGUGUAGUGUUGCGCUGGUUUUCUGGCUCGCGAACCUCGCACUAACUGCAAGUAGCAGAGAAUUCCACUUCCAUGCGACGUCGCGGAAUGCCCGAACGGUCUACGCCGCUUGACCAAAAUCAGCUGCAGCGGCACACCGUACCGCCGUCUCUCGGGCGCCGUUUCACUCACCAACGGCAGCAAAGGGCGGUAAUGGCGUAUGCAACAUCACCACUCCUCGGUUGCGUGGCGGGUGAUUUGGAUUGCAAUAAAGGUAUUUGGACCCUUCAGAUCCAAUUUUCUCGUAAACUAAGUCUUUUCUUUGCACGAGACAAGCGUUUCGAGGUUUCUGAAAAGGUAUUCAAACAGUACACGUCGACUUAGUAUUUGCCUUCAGUGUCCCUUUAAGCUUUGCUGCCUCCCACACAUGGCGUGUGUGACCCAAGAGUGGCCAGCUGUGAAAUUUUACAGUAAUGUCACACUUGUCAUGGCCUCCUAGUUCCCAAAACUUAAACCCACUAGGCUACGUCUAGGAUGUCUUUAUGAGGUAGACUAACAAAUGGCCACACAAUGUGAAAAACUCACUGGAAGGAUCUGUUGUGGAAUUCUCAACAUUUACAUGCACCACCUGGGCAUGCAGCCAUUUUCAAAGCCCAAUUCAAUCAGUUUUUGAGGCUCAAGGUGGUUUUACUCAACGGUCAAGAAAAUUUGGUGCAAAUGUACUCAUUUUUGUCUAAAAUAUUAUUAUUUUUUCUAAUGUUGUCAUAAUGUUCUCAAAUGCCUCGCACACCCUGUAAAUAGUGAUAAAGCUUUCCAGCACUUUUUUCAAUUUUUGUCAAGCAGUGAAGAAAAAGAAAUGCUCAAGUAUAAUCUGUGACUUUACUGAAGCAUACUGCAAUUAAAUAAAAUCUUAGACAUAGAACACAUGUUUUGUUGCUGUGGCUUUCAACUCUUCUAAGUCAGUCUAAAAAAAUAUUGUGGACAUAGCUGGAAUUAGUGCUGUGCUAUGUGGGGGAACAGUUGAUUUUUGAAGUGAAAGAAUGUUUGCUGUAAACAAUGUAUUAUGGUUUUUGAGUGGCCUGCAACCUGCAGGAAAAAUUGAUAGCCACGGUGUAAGAAUAAAUUAGGUGAUGACACUGCGGCCAGCGGAGCAUCCAGAUUGUGCUCCCCACCUACGCUGUUUCCGUUUCUCGGCCACAGGUGGCGCUAAUAGUUGGAAGUUCACUGAUUCCCGCUGCGUAGGUUAUUGAUGCUGAGCUUUGCUCGUUUUUCGCGCUUGAUAUCGGGGUUUGAAGAAAAGUAUGCCUGUAUACGUAUAAAGUAUGAAGAAAACGUUGAAGCCUGUAUAUCGAUCGUAUUUUCUAGUUGCUCACGCCAAUGUCUCAGCAAAUUAAAGCAAAAGAAAAAUAAACUUUCUCAAAGCACCUUGAA